GUCGAAGCUAACGAUGAAAUAAAUUCGCUGGACGUUACUCUAAUCAUUACCCUGGAAUACUGGAUCUCGUCUCGUCUCACGAGAGAACGUUUCGCGUCGGCUAGGAAUUGCGUGCGUUACGGGUCAUCAAAGAACUCCAUAGUAUAAUUUAAUUUAGAAACUCGCUCGCAUUGUACAUUCUUGUUAAUUAGUCGAAUUCAAAUCCACAUUUAUCUAUGGAUUAACAGCGUAUGCGUCCAGCUGUUUCGCGUUUAUUAGCAGCCUGUUAGGACUCCCGUCGAACGAAACCAGGGAAACGUUUGAUAACCCGACGCUGCCAAUUUAUAGGUGGGAAAGAGCUCCGGUGGCAGAGUCGGGAUUAAACCGAGCUCUCGCGGUGAUAUCGCACAGUGAGAGGUCGAGUCGCAUUUCUACCCGCGUUCUUUUCAAUUCUCCCCUCCGCGAGCCAUCUUCAAAUCAUUUCUUUCACGUUUUCUCUCAUGUUUUUUUUUUUUUUUUUUUUUUUCGGUUUCUGUUCACUCCAUUCAUUGACCAAUCCGAGACUUUAGUUUCCGCACGCGCGACACCGUAGGCGUUCGCUGCACGCGAAUAGAGUCUAUAUCUUCUCGAGUGGUUGUACGUACGUUACAGCCCAAUAAACCUGAUUAACAUUGGGCGUUCGUUAAUUACAGGAUCCCUCUAUUACACUGACUUAGCCAUGCGUUAAUGAUUUCGCGGGUGUAUGGAUAUCCGACGUAUCGACGAACCAACGAUACGGAGGGUCGCAAUAUGCAUUCGGAUAUGCGCGUCCUAGACUAGAUGGAUCCGUAUUUACAUAUUCCUGUCGUGUACGCUCUGUAUACCCUAACGCGGUACCUCUAAUGAUAGAUAGGGUUACUCAUUAAUUGCUACCGACUCUUUUCAUCGGAACGCAUCGAUCACCCCUUGGCCGUAUUUUCAUACUUUCCGAGCCUUUGAAAUACCUGCCAUUCAAAACGUCAGGCUUGGCGCGCGAUCCGAGUCGGUUGUUAUUUAUUAUAAUUAGCGAUUUUCAACCGACGAUAUCGGUGCGAUUUUGUUACAGAUAAGCAUCGAGGUACAAGACGCGGAACGGUAACGAAAUGGCGGAUAAUCACAGAAGAAGACGAUACCUGACCAUCAGCAUACUUCACAUCAUCACUAUCAUGUGCCAAGCUCUCUCCGAUCAACCAAUGUUUGCCGAGCCAAUACCGAACGUCACGGUGCCACUGGGGAGAGACGUCAGCCUACCCUGCGUCGUGGAAAACCUCGGUAAUUACAAGGUCGCGUGGAUUCACGUGGGUCGUCAGAUGCUGGUCACCGUUCACAAGCACGUGGUCGUGAAGAUACCGAGAUUCUCGGUGUCGCACGACAACCAGAAAACCUGGUUGCUUCACAUAACCAGCGUGCAACAAGACGAUAGGGGUUGGUAUAUGUGCCAAGUAAACACAAACCCUAUGAUCAGCCAGGUCGGCUACCUUCAAGUUGUUGUGCCACCGAACAUAGUAGACGCGUUGUCCACGGAGAGCACCGUGGCAGUUCGAGAGAAUCAGAACAUCACCCUGACGUGCAAAGCGGACGGAUAUCCCGCGCCAAAAGUGAUGUGGAAGAGGGAAGACGGACUGGGCAUAAGCAUCAAUCGACAUAAGAAAAUGCCUCUGUACGAUGGCGAGCAAUUAAACUUGACGAGGAUCACGCGCAACGAAAUGGGCGCGUAUCUCUGCAUCGCAACGAACGGUGUGCCGCCAACGGUCAGCAAGAGAAUCACCGUGGACGUCGAAUUUUCGCCGAUGAUCUUCGUGCCGAAUCAGCUGAUCGGCGCACCGAUCGACACCGACGUGACGAUCACCUGCCACACGGAGGCGUAUCCACGGGCGAUGAACUACUGGUUCCUCGGCGACAAGAUGAUUCUCUUGAACGAGAAGUACACGACGAGCAUCAUGGAGAACAGUUACAGGGCGGAUAUGAGCCUCACCAUCAGGAAUAUACAGAUCGACGACUUUGGCGUCUAUCGUUGCAUCAGCAAGAACUCGCUGGGCGAGACCGAGGGGUCUAUCAGGUUGUACGACAUUCCGAAGCCGUCGGCGGCGCCAAAGGCCACGGAGAUCAAGAGCAGCGCCAACAAAGAAGGACGAUCGAGCACACCGUCACCAGCAAAAAGGCCGACCACCGUCUGGCCUUCCUCGUACAACCCCUACUAUACGAAAAGGACAGAGAGGCCACCUCCCCCGAGCGAGGAGAGGGUCGAGAGGCCAGAGCAGAAGCUACGCGGUGGCCAGAGCACAGGAAGCGCGUACAUCAUCAGAUGGAGCGCCCCGCAGCUGAUGGUGGUGGCGGUGCAGUACAUCCUCACGGGGCCCUAUAUGCCCCCAUACGUGCCCCAAACGGGGAAUUAGGACGCGACCUCCAUGAAACGUGGUCCGUGUUCACCCAGGACAUUCUGUCGCGACCCGCGUACCGUUCCAUUCCGCUUUUCUCCCAGCGGAGCCGCAUUCGAACGUACGAUGUACCGUGAAAGUACGCUCUUAGUACAUCGAACGUGAGACACGUCGAUGACACGGGGCAGUUUAAUGUAUCGAUCAUUUUUUGCACGUACGUGUUCCGCGAAUGGAUAAUUUGUUCGUUGUUUCUGCGACGAUUCUAGGAAUAUUUUCUUACGUUUUCUUACGUUCGAGACCGUUACAGAAUCGCAUUCGUGGUCUUCCAUGGAAAAGUCGCAUCGGCGGUUCGCAAGAUGCAUUAGCGGGAACACACGAAAUUAUUUGUUCGAGCUGGUGUGUACCCUUAAUUGGAUUGUUAAUCGCAAUCGAACAUUAAUUAGCGUAAUUGAAUUACGUAUCGGCUGCCAUCGGAUAAUUAGCGUCAGAUAUUUAUUAGCGAAGCGAAUUAUCUUGGUGAACUAUUUGUGGGAAGUAAUGAUGUAUGAAUGGUGUAUUCCCCGCGUUAGAAGCAAUAUUACUGUAUGACAUGCAGCCGCGAUCGUGCGGCUAAUCGGCGCGAUUAAAGGGAAAUUAAUGCAACGGUAUUUGUCAGUGGCAUCGAGGUCUUCGUUUUUAAUUUCAGUGACGGUUAGAGGAAUGCGUGCAACUUCGAGUUCGGUGCUAGUCAAAUAAUUUAAAGGGGAAAGCAUCAAAGGUAAUAACGCUCCACGGUAGAGAGAAAGAAAUCGGGACGAUCCGACGAUGAAACGGGAACGUUUCGGGAUGCUGGUAACGCGCGUAGUCUGCGUAAGAAGAAUCGUCCGAAUGGUAUCUCGUGGAAGCGACUUUUCAACCGACCAGAAAGUAGCAUUCGAGUAGACAAUCCCCGGGGGCAGGGAGACGGAAGAGGGGCUGAUUUGAUUAAUGCUUCGGCACGUGAAAAAUGGUGCGAGCACGCUUUCGUCCUCGCGGAAUCAUGGUAGCGACGCGGAUAACCGUAAUAUUUUUGAACUACGGACCAAACCAUGGGAAAUCCAAUUAUCGAAAUGUUGCUCGACCAAAUGGAGAGAAAGGGGUGCGAUCGAGAAUUUUAUUCUCGUUUCUCAAAACAGCAUCCUCGCCCGGGUGAUUCGCGAUUCCAUACACGAUCCUUCGUGACGCGAGCUUCCCGGUGUUUGUUCGUAGCGCGAUAUCAAAUUCGGGCCACAAUUAAUGGAAAACGUCGCGCCGACUCGAAUUAUUAUUUUUCAUUUCGAUUGCUACUCGACGAAAAUUUUCCCGCUGAAAGCGUUUCAGCCAGGUUUUUUUUUUUUUUUUUUGUUUUUUAAAGCAAUUUUUUAACGAAACGGUCGGCUCGGGAUUCGUUAAAAAUUCACGACGACGCGUAAAAUCGGAAUCGAACGGAACCAUCGUUUUCAAACUCGUGCCACGCUAAAGAUGUCCGCUGAAACGUUUCGCGGGGGUCGCGUCGUGCACGCGCCAGCUCGUCAAAGACCAAAAUUACUAUGAUUUCCAACGCGAGCGUAUUAAUCAUCCGGUUCCCUCUAAUUACGAAACUUUCCAUUGCCGAUCGUGCGUAAUCGGUACGCGACGCGUAAUUACGUUUUACGAUAUCGGCUACGCGACGCCUGCGAUAAACAAGGCAGCGUCGGGCUAAAUUAAAACACGCUACGGGCCCGAAUUAAUUACCGAAAGAAGACACAAAGACAUUAAACUCGCUCCCCCGUAAACGCGUCGUAGGGGCGAUCGUUAAUCGAAACGCGUCGAACCGGACGUCAAGUUUGGUUGCGUAUUCAAAAUUCGAAAUAACGAUUCGCGAUCGUACCGCAAAUAUUAAUAAUCGCCUGCGUGUUUUAGCUGUAAUUCAAUUUCACGGAGCCUCGACAAUUAUAAUUAAAACGGUACCCGACGUUGAAAAUUACAACGAUUUUAUCAGGAAUAUGAUAUUUCCGGUAGCCGACCUGCGCGUCGCGCACUGGAACGAGGGCGGUUUCUCCCGAGGGGGAACAAAAAUUUCGGAUCAUUUUAUUUGGUUCGUGCCGUCAAUACUAUCCUCUUUAACGAGUUUCUCUUAAUUGAUAUGCCUUUCGCCCCCGCCAUCCAGAAAACUUUCGUCGAAUAUUUAUUCGUCAAAUAAACACAAGAGAGUUUAGACGUAAGUAUACAGGGUGUCGCAAAAAUGUCGAAGGUCAUUAAAAGGAGUGGUUCGGGGAAUGAUGAACAGAAAAGCCUGAUCAAUCAGAACGAGAGUAUUAGGGAGGCCCCCGUGGGUGCAACGUGGGCAUGUGUACCCAAGAGUCGCGACAUCCCUGUCGUCCUAGUGAUCAGUUACCUGUGCCAAUAAAGCAAUAAUUGCUUUACAAGAAUAUGCUGGUUAUUCUCAACAACACUGUGCACCGUCGUGAAAAGGUUAUACGCCGGUCAGCGCGUAAUUCUUCCAUCGAAUCGGUAGAAACCAUUUGUGUGUCUGAUUCGGAUGACUCCGUUCGUCGGUCACGCGAGGGGCUCAGAGAAGCCAGCAUGAAAAGUUUCGAUCGCGCGAAAAGGGCUUCGAUAAAGUACCAUUCGGUUGGAAAGUCUCGCAGCUGGAAAGUUGGCUCGGUUCGAGAUUGAAAAGUUCCUCUUUAUCGGCGAAACCAGCGGCAGCUGUAUCUUUUCGGAAUACCAGAUCCGCGAGUAAAAGAUUCCUGGAAAACGUUGAGUUACAAAAAAAAAGAGAGAGAGAGAGAGAGAGACAGGGGAAAAAACGGACGCUCGGACGAUGAGCAACGGAUGAAAGAUGAACGACGCGGACGUUCUGCGGAGACUGCGACUGUUCGAGCGCCGAGGAAUUUUCUAUUUUGAAAUUAGCAUUUAAAUUAAAUCUCGAAUUAGAACGUCAGUUUUGAAUUUAUCUUUCGACCGAAUACGUCGCCGUUGCGCUGCGCGCCGGAAUUUCCGCUUUAACGCGACCAAACGAUAAACUCAUCGGAAUUCGGCCCACGAAAUAGAGCGAACAACUACAUUUAUAAUUCUCGGUACGGUCUGUCCAGCAUAAUUGCCAUAACUUGCAGCGAUUUAAUCAAGAAACGUUCUCUAUUUACACGCCUACUUCGAAACAUUCGAGGGCGUCUCGUUUUCGAUAUUCUCGUUUCGAUCAAAAAUUGCUUUCGAGCUAUCUUACGCGUCCCGCUGAACGGUGGCGCGUUUCUCCCCCUGAAAGUUUGUUCGUCCCGUGAAAAAUAAGCAAGUUAUUUCAGUUAGCAAGUUACGGUGACCCAACCUGUGUAAUCUGCGGAUGCGCGAUACAGAGAAUUCCUUCGGGGUAUACUCGGGGGUGAAACGAAAUUUGUAAACCUUGUUUCGGUCACCGAGCACGCUACACCGGUUCACCCGAAGCGAGGAAGGUGCCCUCGUACAUCUGAUUGUUCUUCUUUUUCCCUUGUUUGUUCUAUCCGCUUAUGCACACCCUUCUUCGCGCCACGGCUGAAAUUACGAGUUCGCUGCAUCCCUUCCACCGACCGUACGUCCCCGUCUCAUCCCUCGCCGGUACACGGACGUACACCCUCGUUCAUAAAUAAGUGGACACUUAAUGAACAAUUAACAUACACCGCAAAUUAUUACUGUACUACUUUUGUUGCUAAAUUCUAUAUUGGACGUGUAUUUAACAACAUUAAAUGUCUCGACUGCCAUAUUCAAUUUUACAAUGGAACUUUCGGGUCGUUUAGAUAGAAAAGUUU